CUCCACUGAUGACGUAUACUCCACAGUAUGUGAAGGAUGCCCCCUAUUAAUUCUGACUGCAUACGUAUGCCAUUAAUAUAUUGACUAUCAGAAGCCCACUCAGGACUUUCUCCAGAUCCAACGGCAGGGUCAGUGUUUGCAUGGCAUUCCUCGGUUCCUUGGUGCUGUGCGCAUCGCAAUCAAAGACCCUUAGUGGAGAUUGGCAAACAAUACUCCGCCGUAGGCUAUUACCCUUUGCGGUUACCCCGUCUACUCGUCUACUUGUGUUCUAUGGGUCAGGGUUGAUUCAGGGUAGACACUCAGAAAUGCGCAAUAGCACAAUAGUACAUUGUAGACAAUCUCGUUCUGAUAUACAACCUUCCCAACAAAACACUAUACAACGCUGAACCCAACCAACCAUGCAUACAGGAGAAAUUCCCGAUAUUCGCCGUAUAGAAAUCACUAGACAAACAAGACCUAUACUGAGAGAAGAUU